AUGGCCGAGACUGAACUGCAUGUAGUGGACUUAGUUGCAGAACCUGAUCCUGAUCCAAAAGAAGUUGAUAAAGAUAUUGAUAAAGGAGUUGAUAAAGACAGUAGUAAAGAAAUUAGCCAAGAAAUCGAUAACGAAAUUGAUCAACAAGCUGAUAUUGGAAUAGUUAAAGAAACAGAAACCGGUCACGUAAAUGAUGUAGAAAUUGAUACGGCAAUUGAAAAAACAGUUGAUGAAGGAACUGAAAUAGAAAUUAAUAAAGAAAGUGAUCAGGAAAUUGAAGCAGGACUUAAACCGCACGCCGUUGAACAGGAACAGGACGACGCGAAUGAUAUGUCAAAGAAUGUUGGUCACACUCGCUCUAAAGAUAAUGGACUGAAUUUUCGAUACACCGAUCCGCCGAAAACAAGCAAAGAACGUGAGGAAAUAAGUACCCUGUCUCUUCCAGUGAUACCGAACACAGUGUCGCCACCUGUGUCAAUAACAGGCAUAUUGAACGAUGUUGAGUUUGAGCCUACUAAGACGUCACCAGGAUUCACACCCGCCUGGGACGAACCAGUCGUAUCGUCUCAACGUUCCAUGCCCGUGCGUUCAAAAAGAAAAAGAGAAAUUGUCAAGCUUCCGAAUAUAACAUCACGUGAUGUUCGUAAAACCAGAAAGAGACGUCCAGUAAGAAAGCGCAUAUCGAACUCGCCACCCAAACAUUACUAUGAAUACCGAUACAUUCUUAACAACAGGAUAAGGCUUACCAAAAUCUACACAAGACCUCCAAAAUUUGCUCAGUUACUGAAAAGUGAGACAAACUUUAUUCGGAUGAGCAGGGUAAUAGUCGUAUUGGGGACGAUGUUGUUACGAGAUGUCUUGAAAGCGUAUAUAGAUCGGUUGUACCCACCGAAAGACUUGCAACAGUUUCUACAGCACUAUAAACGCAGGCUUAUCAGUUUCGCAUCCACCCAGAAACUUCUCCAGAAUAGAUGGCACGUUCUUUUUGAUUACGAAAGUUAUGAAGUGGAACUUAAAGACCUGGAUCCCGCUCUCGUAUUCUGGUUCCUGCGUUAUGUAUGUCAUUUCAAGAAGCAGACGGACCUAAUUUGGAAAUGGAAACCAGCCGUGAAUGAUACAAGUGUAGCAGCCGACAUCACUAGAAUCCGUGACAUGAGAAAUGGGCUGAUAAACGCUACAGAAUUUUCUCUUUAUGACGAAGAAUAUGAGCGGAAAGUAGAAGAAUUUAAAUCGGUUAUGGAACGGCUAAGUACGGGAAAAAGACUGUCAGAGAUGAAUGGGAUUCUGAGCGAACUACAGUCUUUUACCGUGAAAGUGACAGACCGUGACGAGAAUCUUGAUAUACUUAGAAAAUGGGCGGAGGAAACACGUGAUCGAUACAUCGAUAAAAUUGCACCGAAUAAACAAGACUGGGAAACAGUUAAAGAAUGUAAAGCAAUGACCCGGCGGUAUCUCAAAAGAUUUAACAGAUCAAAAGUUUUUGUAAAAACAAAAUUCUAUCAGCAGGCAAAGCAGAAGCUUCAAAAGAAUGGAUUUGUAAUUAUUAAAGGAAACACUGGUGAGGGGAAGACGACAACGGCACUGGCGCUAAUGGCGGCAUUGCACGAAGAAGACGAGGUGUUACUUGUAACGUCACCGGAACAAUGGAAAUACAUUAACAAACAUGCAGUGGGCGUCGUACUGUUUGAUGAUUUACUGGGUAGCAUGCAUUUUGAAGAGAAACAAUUAAGUGAUUGGCAAGGUUAUUUUGAUGAGAUGUACCGUGGUUGUAGCGGCAAGAAAGGAACCUCUACUACCCCGAGAAAUUGCGAGAUUUGCGCUUCUGACAGAAAAGACCGUGUAUGCGCAAAAGUGGUGAUAACUAUGCGAAAACACGUUUUCGAUCAUUGCUGGCCGACGUUAUCGAAAUACAAAUUGUUUGCACAAGAAAAUGUUGUUGAAUGCAAUUCAAUAGAACUUACAUUUUCGGAGAAACGGGCAAUUUUAUCCAAACACAUUGUCGCAGAUCACAAGAUUCGGACAGAAGUGGACAAAAGUGCUAAACUACCCAUAUCCAAACUGGGCUUUCCAGAAAGUUGUGCGCUCUUUGUCAGUCAAGAACCAUUUCUCGAUCUAGGGUCACAGUUCUUUGAGCGGCCUAUAGAAAUAUUACAACGCUCAUUGGAUGACUUGUUUAACAAAGACAUGUACGGGUACCUUACACUUGUCGUAAUGAUGUUUCAACCAGGUGGCGCUCUUUUCGUCAAGAGACUUCAGGAGUUCGUGAACGGAGACUUCAAGAAACAAGUCAUUGACAUGGCUGGUGUGUGUGAUAUACCGAUAUCAGCAAAUCUACCCGCCUUAUGUUUAAUGUCACUAGAAAACACUUUGAAACCGUACGUGUAUUACUAUGACGAUAUCGGCUGCUACACAUUCGUGCACGAGAGCGUUCUUGAGAUAAUGAUGUCAACAUUUGUUGAGCGACAUCCGCAGCAUGUCCUCGAAACUUGUGCCAUUCAGUUUAUCAUGGACUAUGUGUCGACGUCAGAGAAAAUUGGCGUACCACGUGAUCAAAUAUUUAUGAUGAGGAUGAAGAAGCCCCGAUUCAUGCUGCUGGCACAGCUGUUUGACCAUUACAUGGGCUACGGUUACGUUGUGAAAAUCGCCCAACACAGAGCGUUCAGGGAUCCCCAGUUUCGGGCAUUCUUUUUUAAUUACGUAAAACAGAAAGAUUCUGUCCAUGAGAUUAUUUUACGUUUAGAUAAUUCAGAAAAGGAAGAUUUACGGCAUGUAGGAUUUCUAUAUGGUGCCAUUGACCAAGAAAAACCAAACGCUGAGCUUGCAAUAGCCAUUCUGAAGUUGGGAUGCCAUGUGGACGGUUCUGUAAAAGCUGAAUGGUGUCUGUCGGAAUUAAGGUCAUCUCUGUGCGUUGCUGUAAAAAGAGGGAACUUUUCUAUAUACGCAGCUCUAGUAGCCACAAAGAUUGACAUUCCCGAUAAACUGCUCACCGACCGAGAAUAUCUGACGUCGAUUGACAUAGUGUCCGACAUUUUGUGGAAGCGCCCAUGGAGCAAAGAGCAGAAGGAUAUUGCUCUUGUGAAGGCCUCGCGACUGACGUCACAUGACGGAUCCGAAAUUGUGUCUCUUCUGCUGCAACACGAUGCGUCUGUCAGCUCAUAAGGUGUGGAACAACGGCUCUAUGUGAAGCUGUCAAAGCAGGUAAUGCAAAAACUGUCUCAAUCUUGUUGCUAUGUGGUGCCAGCAUCUAUGACCGCGACAUGAAUGACCAGUCGCCAUUACAUCAUGCCUGUGACUGGAACCGUGUAGAGACCGUAAAAUUGUUGUUGCAAAAAGGAGC